CAUUAAGUGAAUAUAAAUUAGAGGUAAUAUCAGAGUUAGAGUCCCUGACCGGUAAUUGGCAAAUCGUUUAAUUGGCCGAUUCAAAUAGUCGUAGACCGGCAGGUAGUAAAAUAUAGCAGCGCAGAGAUACAAGCGGGAAUGGCGAAUAAAAUCUAACAAUAUCCCAGCAUCACGGAGACGUUCGAUCGACAGCGACGACUGGCGACGACCCCUUCCAAUUUUAGUGUAUUUUUAGCAAUAUUGCAUGGAAAAGCGAGCCUGUCAGGUAGAUAGAUACCUGGCCUCUUUUAUUUGGUUACUGUUGUCAGUGGCGGGCUAGCGGCAAAAAUGAGUAAAGGCUGUUGGAAAUUCGACGAGGAGGACCGAGCGCUUUACGUAGACCUUGAGGACGAGGAGACCGAGGAGGAGAGGCAGAACCGGGUGUACAGCUGCUGGGACCAGACGCCUGACAUACUCUUAGAAGAAAUUUUCUCGUAUUUGACGAUACGCGAGAGGUACUAUGCGUCGCUGGUAUGCAGAUCAUGGUAUCGGGCGUUCAAGCUGCCCAGGGUGUGGUCUACAUUCACCCUGGGUGAUAACACGCUCACCAGGGGAAAAUUCAACUACCACAGCGGCUGGCAGUACGUGCUGGAUCAUAUGAAAACAUCGACCUGUUUGAACAAAGUUGGAAAGAACUUCAGAUCCUUGAUCUUCGAGCCGAUGCUGAACUUCUACAAUCUGUACGAAUUCAUGAACAUGAUCUCUUGGUACGCGGAAAGGCAAGGUUCCGAUAACACGUCGGUCGCAGGGGUUGGCACCUACAUGCGACGACUCAAGUACACGUUCCCUUGUAAUAUGGCAAACAGAGACGACGCGGAUAAUAUUCGACUGUUCGGUACCGGUGGGAAACUGCUGGAAGCUUUGAAAAGGCUCAUGCGGAAUUUUCAUAAUCUGAGAUGCCUGGAACUGAUAGAUCUAAUGCUUGACAGCAAAGAAGCGUUGCACUUGAUGGACGAUAUGUGCUGUAAUUGCACUCAAACUAUAUCUAAACUGGUAUUGAUCAACACCACCAGAUAUUAUUGUCCCUUGUUACACGUAGGAGUUUUCAUCAAUCUGCAUGAGUUAGUCAUUAGUCCUCAGAAUCUUCACGAUGACGUGAUAGAUCUGCUUAGUUACACGAAAUUGGAACAUCUCCAUAUCGUCCAAAAUCGUUACAGUCCCAAAGACACUACGGUGACAUUGCCGCGUAGAAGAGUUUGGGUGAAAAUGCGAAAGAACAAUCCGCGGAUUAAAGUGCACUUCGAGAUAGAAAGCCACAAACCGACGGACAUACUCUUGCCGAUAGAUCUGCUAGAGCACGACAGCGUACCGUGUCACAGCAUCGUUUUAGAUACGCCGAACACAGAGAUCAAAUCCUCGACGAUAAUGAAUCAUGGAAUGUUCUUCCACUCAACGUUAAGAGUGUAUGCGUUCAAAGGCCUGACGAGAUAUUUCGGACCCCGACAAUUCUCACUGAGAUUGGACGAGACGCUAGUGCAAUUUUGCAAGCUCUGUCCGAACCUUCACACACUGAUGAUACGAGAUAAGAUAUCAACCGCAACGAUUUUAGUGAUUGUCUCCACGGCUAAGAACUUGCGUUGCCUUUACGUGAGGCGACAAUCGGUGCUAAAGAAAUGCGACGGCGAUUGGGCGAGACUUUUGAACUGGUCGCCUGAACAGUACAAAUGGAUCAAAGAGAUUAGCCGUAGCUACGAGAAAACAGAGAAGGAGGUCUCGAAAAUAUUGAAUUACAGGUGGCAAAUGCUGACCGAAAGAGAGUUCAGGGAUCAGGCAGUGGAAUUACAUGUAUAAUUGAACAUAUACUUAAGAGAAGAUAAAGGGAGAAAUAUUUUGUACCAAAGAAAUUUGUGUUAGUGUAAACACGUUUACACUGUUCGAUAUAGCUGUGAUGGUAUAAAUAAGAGAUAACUAAUUUACUUGGAUCGAUUUUAUUGUUGUAAGUUGGAUUGUUCGUGUACAAUCGUCAGAUGUAUAUAAUAAAACGAGAAGCUGCAAGAUUA